AUGAUGACCCACCAUGGCGUGAGCAUGGGUCAGACUGAGACCGAAGCAGAGCGGGAAGCUGCAUUGAAGCAGGGCAAGGCCGUGUCGACCGUGAUUGGUACCCGUGCCAUGGGCACUGGCUUCAAUCGCCUCAUGACCAUCCAGGUCCCUAUGAAGCAGCACACUGUGAGGCCCAUGACAACAAGCCCCUUUAUUGGGCUUACAAUGGGUGGUAUGGAUGCCAAUGGUACCACAGGUAGUGGCUUCGGACCUCCUGCUGGCGUUGGUUUCCCAAAAGCUGUUCCUAUGUGCGCCUUUGGCGCCGCCGCGCCGCAAGCCCAAGCGAUGCCGAUGGGGGCAUCUGGAUUUGCUGCACCAGGAGGUGCGGGUACCGCUGCCUGUGACGACCUCUUUGCGGGUUUGGGGACUGCAAAGGUUGCAGCAACUGGGCUCUUUGGAGGCUACGGCCAUCAGAGAACAUCCGCCGCGCACGCGGCGCGCGUCUCCAUCGGCUCCGAUGCUGGGGCCAUGGACAUGCUGAGAAUGACCACCUUCGAACGGGACUCGGAAUGCUCGGUAACCAUCACAGUGCAGUUCUACUUUGUUGUUGAACAAGGAUGUGCCAUUGCAGAAGCAGAUAUCAAGCGUGCCAUUGAUGUCUGUGAGGAAGCCUACAAAGGAUGCAGCUGGGAUGGCAAUCUGAUGGAUGUUAGCAUGUCCUCCGCCUUUGCCAAGAAAGACAUGAGCUUGGAAGAUGCCCUGAAGAUCAAGGGCCCAAGCCCUCCAGUUGAUCCCACCUUGACCUUCCCGGGUUCAGCUCCAGGUCCACUAGGUCCAUUGACUUGGCCUUCGCCGCCCAGCGUGCCUUUUGCCUCGGCUUCCUUUGAUCCUUUGGACGGCUUGGAACCUGAACUGAAGAUGCAGGUGGCGAAGGUUCCCCUCCAGCAGGAAGGAUACAACUUUCUGCACAGCACCGCCUUGAGCUUGCUGGACAAGUGCACGCAGCUGGAUACGGCUUUCCACCUCUUCAGACUGUCGAGUGACUUGCAUAUGCAGUUGCACGGAACUCCAGAUCCCACCUCCCUGUACAACAUGGCCUGCUGUCUGGCGGUGGCUGUGCGUGUGCAAAUUGAAAGAUAUCAGAGCCAUUUUCCUGGCACUCUGUCUCUGGGGGGCUGUACAGUGAGCCCCGUGUCAGCAGGUGGAGUAGUCGGUCCCAAGAUGCAGCCCUCGAGUGCCUUUACCACGGCGGCCUUGUGCGAGGCGCGUUUGGACGCUGCCAUCAAUCUGCUGGCUGCAGCCAUUGGGGCGGGAUGGCGACAGCAUUCGCAUCUGGCCACCGAUCCUGACCUCUCAGCUUUGGCCGAGCUUCGGAAGCCGCGCUUUGAAGCAUUGGUUCAGCUUUCCAAGAGCAUCUCCUUCUAA